CAACAAUGCAACGUGACAACGUCAUCGACUCUGCCGGCAACCCUCCUGUUGAAAACCCGGAUAUCGAUUUGCAAGACGGCGAAAUUGGAGAAGAGAGUUUCGAGGCAACGCAAGCAUAUUUGCAAGAUAUGGAAAAUUCCGCUGAAGCGAUUGCUCUGGAACGUCAGAGAGCUGAAGAAGCAGUUAUGGCAACAAUGGAUGAGGAUGACGAUGGGCUCAAUGAGUUUGGACGGCCAAGAAAUCCGCCAAGAACACCACCAGAGCCAGCUCCAGAAGGCCAACCAACUUGUGAGUCUAUUGGUUUUGUUAAUGAAGAGUUCGACGAUGUCUCGGAUGAUGGCGAGAUUCCUGGAAGAAAACGAAUUGGACCAAAAACCCCACCAGAAGAGCCGGAAUCUCCAAAACAAAUCGAGCAAACUCGCGAGCAAGGAAGCGAUGGAGAAUUGACUGGAGACGAUAUGGAGCCGAUUCCAAUUAUCGAACCAAAACUGAACAAGGAAAGCAAACGUGAAAAACGGCCUCGCACGCCACCUCUUCGCGCUCGACAGUUCAGCUGUCCGCAAUCGCCAACAAGCCGACAUCGGAACUCGUCUUUUUCCCCGCCACGCAGACAUGCGACUCGCGAAGUUCAUUCCCGAAAACGCCGACACGACGAUAAGAAGAGAUCAACCGUUAGACCUGAAGUCUCCAAAGAGCUCACUUUCCCAGUUGUUGCCACCCAAAAAUGUCUGUCACUGCUGGAAUUUGUAGAGAAGCGGGGAUUGACGAUCACCGACGAUGAACUUCUUCAAGUUGUUCGAGAUAGCAUCGAGUUGGAUCAAGCAAUGGGAAAAAUUGUGAAAAAGAAGGAAGCAAUGAAAAAGCAGAUGGAAGACAUGGCAGCGUGGGAGCUUGAGAAAAUCAAACGAAUUCACGCGAACAUGCCACGUCACAUGCAAGAUGUGCUCAAGUUUGAUGGCAAAACGGUGCAUAUUGCUCAAGAACGACCCCCCAUGCCACCAAUGCCGUUCUCCGCUUCAUCGCUCGUGUCAUUAAAAUAUGGACAACCAAUGCCUCACCACAUGGGGAUGCCUCCUCCAGGAAUGGGUCCACCUCCGUUCAUGCCGCCACCAAUUGGGAUGCCUCCACCACCACUGGGCAUGCCCCCACCACACAUUGGCUUGGGGGCCGCUCCGUACGCAGUUCCCCCGCCGAUGAGUCUUUUGGGACCACCACCAUUCAGUGUUCCGCCAAGUGUUCCACCACCCACAAGCUCGGCAGCAGCUCCAAUUGUGCCACCUCCACCGGUCCAAUCCACAGCCCAGCCACCGCCAAGUGGGACAUCAGAGGCAGAAAAAAUGAAAAUGACUCAUGGUUUGAAUCCGAUUGCAUUCUCCAAUGCGCCACCAGGGCUCAAAUUGGGCAUGAACGAUUACAACCAGCCACCACCAGCGAAGAAGCCAGCUGCUCAACAAAAUCCGCAAAUGAAUCGGAUUACCAACAAUUUAUCGAGCAUGCUUACCAACGCGUUGAAGGCUCAAGUUAGCAAGGCUCAAAACUCGCUUAACAACAGUAGCCCAACCAGUACUGCUCCGAAAAAACCAGUUCCAUCACUGAUGAGCAUCAAUAUUCCAGGCGUCCCUAAAGCUGGAUCAUCUGGAUCCCAAAACUAAAUAUUGCCCAUUUAUCAACACUGCAACUAUCUGCAACAUUUAUAACUUAUUAAUUCACUAUUCGUUUUAUAACUAUCUGAUAAAUAUUUGUAUCAUUAUCGUAUUGACCUUUUGUCAAUAUAUAUUUUCUCUACUUUUUGAAUCUCCGUAAGUCAUCUUGAUUUGGUCAUAGUACUACACCAACCUAUUUAUUGUUUGUGCAUUUUAUUCGAACAAAAGUGUUUCUUGUG